AUGCAGCGCGAGUCAGAGAAGCAGCCCGUCGGGCGGGGGCCCAUGGCGGAGAUCGAGUUCUGGCGGCGGCGCAACGCGGUGCUGUCCAGCCUGUGCGAGCAGCUGCACCUGGGCAAGGUGCGCGCCGUGGUGGCGGCGGUGGAGGCCGGCAGCAGCGACAAGAACCUGCUCUCCAGCUUCACGACGCAGGUGGGUGAGCUGAACAAGCUCACUGUGGAGGCCACGGACAACGUCAAGUUCCUGACCACCUUAGAGCGCCAUUUCAAAAAUAUCCAUGCAGGCCGCCUGGCGGGAAUCCUGGACACGCUGCCGCCCAUGAUGAACGCACUGAGGAUGGUGUGGAUCAUAUCACGCCACUACAGUGACGAUGUGCGGAUGGGCAACCUGUUCCAGAGAAUCGCCUGGGAGGUGGCCGAUCGGGCAGAACGGGCGAUUGACUUGAAACGGCUGUUCAAGAUGCCACCACAGGAGGCGGUGGACAUCAUCAAGACAGCGUGCAGUGUGUUGGAGCACUGGUACCUUGUGUAUAUGCAGGUGAGGGAAAAGAUUGAGAUGUCGGGACGGGACGCCCGGUGGGAGUUUCCCAAGAACCUACUGUUCCAAAAGACGAAUUACAUGGCGGACAUAUGCAGAGACCUGGCAGAGAUGGUGGAGGUGGUUGACGACUUCUUCAAGUUCCUGGGGCCGGAGCUGAAGGCAGUCACGGGGGACACCCAGGGCAUCGACAGGGUCAUCCAGAGUGUGCAUGCCAUGGUGGAGCCGAUUGAGAAUCUUCCCUUCAACGUUUUUGACCAGGCGAACAACGAGCAGUGGUUGAAGGUCAAGACCCAGGUCGCCAAUGACAAUGAAGGCAUAAAGAAGGCCACAAGGUGCGUUGACAUGCCUUAG